AUGGAGUCAAGCAGCCAACCAGAGUCGGAAUUUGAUGAACUCUAUGGAAAUUGGGAAGGAUGGAAGCUACAUUCAGGACAAAUCAAGCUAUGGUUCAAAACUAUAUUCGAGAUGGCAGAGUCUUCGAAGGAGUUCAGGAGGACCGACGCAACUUUAAGAUCCCAGCUUCACGCCCUCUCUCGCCUCUUUGGCCUACACUCCAAAUCCACUGGUACAGGCCACGAUCGCUUUAUAACAAUCACAAAACCACCCAACUGGACACCACCAGCCACACUCCCAUACACAGUACCACUCGAUAUAGACUUGAAUGAUACCAAAGCUAUACCAGCAAACGAUCAAGCCUUCCAAACAUACUAUGCAUCGUGGAAUGGCUGGGCAGCACGAAAACCAGAAAUCAAACAUAUAUUCCGUCACUUCUUUGCCAGCAACGAGGACUCUGUCAUGGUGUCUGACCUGACGCCUGCACAGCUUCAUGAGAUACGUCAUACGACAAUACCACUCGGCUUAACUGAUCGUCAUGGGUCCAGGACUUGCGACGUUAUUAUUAGUAAAGUCAAUAACUUUUGCUAUAAGGUGCCGGAGUUCGCUACGCCGUUUCCGUCAUUGAGCUCAUUGAGGAGGAAGAGUCAGCAUCCUGAGAGGGCUGGACAGCGUGAAUUGUUGGAUGGUAUAUUGCCUGAUUUGAAAUGGAUCAUAUGUACAGAUUGCUGGGAUGCUGAUCCGUAUUUGAAGGGAUAUAAACGUGAAACGUAUGAUAAAUUGUAUAUGGAUGGUUUCUUUGAUGACCCAGAUUGGUUUGACUAA